AUGGGGUUUUUGCUAAUGAGGCUGCUCCUAACUCAGGCACUGUGCCCAUGGGACAUUGCUCUCAAUCAGGUUUUCAUGCCGCUACUAGGCACUGCGCCAAUGGGACAUUGCUCUCAAUCGGCUUCUUACGCCGAUCCGGUGGAUUCUACUCCACCGUGGAACUCUGGCUCGGGUCUACCAGAACAGGCCAGCCUUCACGAACCGGCUCUACCCAUAUCAGACGGGUCACACAGCCCCGGUCUGCCGAGCCUGGCAGCGGAAGAAAUAGUGCCAAGUGUAUUUCUAGGACAGUCAGACAUAAGACAACGCAAAAUCCAGGACAUAGCCAGGCAGUCUGAAGAAGACCAGCAAGAAGACCAGCAAGAACACAAAGGCCAUGAAAUUCCUCUUGAAGAUGAAAGAAUCAAGGGCGCUGGGAGUUUGGGGAGACAAACUAUCAGAAAGCAGAGCAAGCUUGAGGAAAGGACCAGCCAAGAAGGUAGCAUGCAGAGAAGCAGCUCAAGACAUCACAAAGUGAAGCACCGAGAUGCUGAUGCUGAUUUUUCAGGGCAUGAUAGCAGAAGACAAGACAACAGACAACCUCAAGAAUCCCCAAGUGGGAACACACAGAGUGGCUUCUCAGGGGAAUCCAAUCCAAUGUCCCGCCAUCCCCAGGACACUGAUUUUUCAGUGCAUGAUAGCAGAAGACGAGACAACAGACAACCUCAAGAAUCCCCAAGUGGGAACACACAGAGUGGCUUCUCAGGGGAAUCCAAUCCAAUGUCCCGCCAUCCCCAGGACGCUGAUUUUUCAGUGCAUGAUAGCAGAAGACAAGACAACAGACAACCUCAAGAAUUCCCAAGUGGGAACACACAGAGUGGCUUCUCAGGGGAAUCCAAUCCAAUGUCCCGCCAUCCCCAGGAUGCUGAUUUUUCAGGGCAUGAUAGCAGAAGACAAGACAACAGACAACCGCAAGAAUCCCCAAGUAGGAACACACAGAGUGGCUUCUCAGGGAAAUCCAGUCCAAUGUCCCGCCAUCCCCAGGACACUUCCAGCGAAUGCCGAGAUUCAAAAAGUACAAACCCCUAUGCUGACCUAGUGCACGGCUUACGUGCUACCUGGAUGACAGGAAAGACACGUCCUAAGGAGUAUCGAGUCCACCAACUGGAGGGCCUGUGCCACUUUCUGGAAGAAAGGCAUGCAGAUAUCCAGCGUGCCAUGUGUGCAGACCUACACAAGGUAACACUGCUGGAUUGUGCAUUCGUUCGCAGGGAUCCAUAUGGUGUGGUGCUGAUCAUUGGAGCCUAUAACUUCCCUAUCCAGCUUACUUUGUUGCCCCUUGUGGGAGCCAUUGCAGCUGGGAAUUGUGUGAUUCUCAAGCCUUCAGAGGUGAGCAGCUACACUGAAAAGCUCCUUGCAGAAGCAUUGCCUUGUUAUUUGGAUCAGCAAACCUUUGCUGUGGUGACAGCUGGUCCUGAAGAAACAGGAAAAUUACUGGAAAAUAAGUUUGAUUAUAUCUUCUACACAGGGAAUCAUCGUGUAGGAAAGAUCGUCAUGACUGCUGCAGCAAAACAUCUGACACCAUUGACUCUGGAGCUGGGAGGUAAAUGUCCCUGUUAUGUGGAUAAGUCCUGCAAUUUCCAGAAUGCAGCCAACCGAAUUGUAUGGGGAAAAUUCAUCAAUGCUGGACAGACGUGUGUUGCACCAGAUUAUGUGAUCUGUACAACUGAAACACAAGAGCAGUUGCUGCCUUGCCUGCACCAAGCUAUCUGUGAAUUUUUUGGCAAAGAUCCCAAGAAGUCACCUGAUCUUGCCCGCAUGGUCAAUGACAGGCAUUUCCAGCGCGUCCGAGCUUUGCUGGAAUGUGGCCAGGUGGCCAUUGGUGGAGAGACCGAUGAGUGUGAGCGUUAUAUUGCUCCCACAGUGUUGGUGGAUGUGAAAGAAUGGGACCCAGUCAUGCAAGAGGAGAUUUUUGGGCCCAUCCUGCCAAUAUUCAUUGUGAGAGAUAUUAAGGAAGCCAUAGACUACAUCAAUUGUGGAGAACGUCCACUAGCUGUGUAUGCCUUCUCCUCUGACUCCAAGGUUGUGAACCAGGUACUGGAUUGUACUAGCAGUGGUACCUUUUGUGGUAAUGAUACCCUGAUGCAAGCAAUAUCGGUUUCCCUACCAUUUGGUGGCAUUGGACUCAGUGGAAUUGGCAAAUACCAUGGCAAGUUUACUUUUGAUACAUUUACUCACCCACGGGGCUGUCUGUUGCGUUGCAUGGGCCUGGAGAUGAUGAACAAAAUGCGCUACCCACCAUACAACAAUACAAAAUUGAGAGCAAUGGUCUGUGCUUUGGAGAUCAGGCGCAGUAUGCUGCAUUCUUAAGGAUCUUCAAUCAAGAAUUUUGGUGUAGUUGAGAGAUUUUUUCCUUUAUCGGUUGGCUCUAGAAUUUUGCCUCAACACCUUCAAAGAUCCUUGAAAAACACUCUCUGUUUGGCAAAUCUUAUUUUCACCAUCUUUGCAUCUUAUAACUUUUCUUUAUCCUGUAUCAGCUUCUAUAAAUUCAAUAUUUAGUAGUGGUUAGAAAACGUAGGGACAUCCUCCAUUUCUCUUUGCACAGUUUUGGGUAUAGAACAUAUCUUCAUUUCCAGCAAGGACUAAUUAUACAAUUAAUUAAUAUUUCUGUGUAAAAUUUCAUCUUGAUUUUAACACAUAAAGCCAAUUCUGCUUCAAAAUUUACAAGCAUCAGAUUCUUUGCUAAAAAUAGACAAGUACAGUUCCUCUUUAUAGUGGAGCAAUCAUUCUGAUUAAUAUUUUUGUACAAUAAGGCUAGCAUCAUGGAUGGUCUUUGUAAAAUAAUCAAACUAUUUGUUUGUGAAUAUUUAAAUAUUGGAGCCAUUAAAAAAAUUAAUUCUCAAAGAAAUUCAAAGCUAAGCUAAUGCAGGUUGUUAUUCAUAAAUAUAUUCUGUCAACAAUGCAUUUUCUAUAUUUGGAUGCUUUAAAACUCAGACAUGCCCUCCUUAAUUAUAUUUCCUUCAAUAUAUUUCUCUACAGUUACAGUUCAGAUUCAUUAUUCUAUCAGUGAUUUCUAUACUACUCAGCACAAAGCAUAAUAAUUUAGAAGUAUAGUAUGUCCUAUCAAGCUCAGAGAUUUAUUUUUAUGUAAAUCUGCUAAUUGCAAACUUACUGAGAUUUCCUGCAACCUUGCAUUUUCAGGUAAAUGUUUUGCUUCUGUAAUAAAUAUCUUGCAUCAAAACUUGCAAAUAGAUGUCUAAUUA